AACAUUGAUCCCGAUGUAAAAUAUAUUUCGAUUUUUUUCCUCGUGUGAAAAAAGUGUUUACAUUUUGUUAUCUUCGUAUAGAGGGGGUCAACACAUGGAAAAUAAGAUAACAGUCUAAUAUUCUCUUUAUUGCCCGCACGACAUUUUAUGUUCGCGCGCUAUUUCGGGUCACACAGAAUGGCGGGUAGAGGGGCCCUGGUCGUUUUCGAGGGAUGUGACCACAGUGGUAAGACAACACAGUGUAAGCGAUUGGUGGAGUGUUUACGGCAAAAGAAUAUACCCGUCCAACCAUUUAGAUUUCCAGACAGAACUACUGCUAUUGGUCAAAUGAUUGAUGGUUACCUUGGAAACAAACAAGAAAUUGAGGACCAUGCUGUUCAUUUGCUGUUUUCAGCCAAUAGAUGGGAGUUAGUUCCCCGUAUGAAGAAGCUUCUGGAGGCUGGUACAACUCUCAUUGUGGACAGAUACGCCUUCUCAGGUGUCGCGUUUACUGCCGCUAAACAGGGUUUUACGAUUGACUGGUGUAAACAACCUGACCUUGGGCUGCCACGACCUGACCUAGUUCUGUACCUGAACCUUAGUCCCGAGGCCGCAGCCAAGCGGGGAACCUUCGGCAGCGAGAGAUACGAACAGACAGACUUUCAGAUUAAGGUGGCCAACAACUUCCAGCAGCUCAAAGAGCCCUACUGGCAGGAAAUUGAUGCAGACAAAACAGAAGAAGAUUUAUCAGCAGAGUUGACAGACAUUGUAUUAAACCUUAUCUCGUGUGUAGGAGAGGCACCUCUAAAGAAACUCUGGUGUGACUAACACAUUCAAAGGACCAUAACUCUUAUCAAUCAUGGACAGAAGUUACCUCCAUUUAUUACGUAACCAUAUUGUGUUCAAAUUUUGUAUUAAUUAAACUGUAUUGUCACAUAAGUUAUGAAUGUGCCCCAAGAAAAUUAAGUAUUUA